CAGACGAAGCUGCCAACAGGAAGGUUCUCCAUGAUCGUUGUCUACAGAAGAGUUGGUGCAAUCCUUCAUGUUUACUGUUUUAAAGAAAACAGCGGUGAUUCCCUUGUUCCCCCCUCCAUUUUGCCUCCAUGGCCAUGCUACAUGAUGGAGCUCUCUGCUGGUUGCCCCAUAGCACAGCACGUUCUGGAAAGGUUCUAGAGCAGCCGGGAGGGUUCUAGAGCCCGUGUCUCAGACACCUCGGAUGGAGAUGGAGCUGCUGAGAGCCGUCCUUCUCCUCUGCAUGGCAGAUGUUCUCCACUCCUUUGCGAUCGAGGAGAAAGAAGAUAUAUUCAGGCGCAUGGUGUGUCCUGCUUUCCUGAUGUUUGACAACGCCGCCUACUUGGCCGACAUGACCUUCGAGCUGCCCUGCAACUGCAAGCCCGAGGAGGUCUCCAACGUCGUCUGGUAUUUCCAGAAGAACAUGGGAGGCCGUGAAACCGCCGUCCUGACAGACUUUUCUGGCAACAUGGUGCUCGACUCGAGCCACAUCCACGUGGGCACUGAUGUACUGAAUCGUUUCACCAUCCGGAUGUUCAGCCUCAUCGUUUUCCGUGCCCAGGUGUCGGACUCGGGCCACUACCUGUGCGGCACGAAGAACGGGGAUUUUUUUUAUGGCUACGACGUGGACGUGCAGCCCAGCAAGCACAUCACAGUGGCAUUCUUGGACAUAGGACAGCACGUCCGGGAUGACUACACAGUGAAAGCCUUCAGUGUCUUCACCACCUUCUGGGACUGGACCGUGUGCGACCGCUGCGGGGUGCGAGGCGAGCAGCGGCGCAUCGGGCUGUGCUACAUGCAGAGCGCCCGGCUGCACCCGCGCUACCGCACCGCGCUGCCCAACGUCACCUCCUGCGGCUCCAGCGCCGUUCCCGCACGGCUGCAGCGCUCCGGCCGCCGCUGGAAGCCCGAGGUGGCGAUCCGGAGCUGCGUGGCCCCGUGUCCGCAGGAGGACAACCCGCAGGAAGGCGUGCAGGCCAUCUCCAACGUCAUCCACAAGCUGGGCCGGAAGCCCUGGCUGCCCCGCGUCCCCACGCAGUUCUACAAGCAUCCCCUUGGGAGAGAUCUGGUCAUCGCCUGCCCUGGGGCCCGGCCCGAGCACGCCGUGGCGUGGGACAAGGACUCCGUGCGGCUCUACCGCUCCCGCUACCUCGUGGGGGUCAACAGGACCAUGCGCGUCUUCAUCGACCACGGAAACCACCUGCACAUCCGGCGCGUCCGCUUCAGCGACCGAGGCACCUACUUCUGCUGGAGGGAGGGCAGACUGGUGGCCGGCCUGCGGCUCCGUGUGAGCUACCAGGCUCAGCGCCGCCGCUCGCUCGACGACCCGGAGACCAUCUACGCCAUCAAGGCCAUCGGCGUCAGCUACGUCCUCGUUGGGGCCAUCUUCGUUGGCGUCCACUCGUGCCGCUGCUGCUGGCGGGUGCUGCGGUUCUCUGGGAGGAUUUAGUGUCAGUCUCACACCUCGCACUGUUCCUCCGUGGGAAAUAUGUGAAGUUUCGACCGCUGGAAACACUGCCAGUGCCCUCUUGUCCUCCGCUGGGGGCCGUGCAGUGCUGAAGACCAAAGCGGGAAGCCCCACUGUGCUGUGGCAGGGAUUUCCCACCUCCGUGUCACUUCCUGGCUUCAAUGGAGGCUCGUGGUGGGGUUUUAACCUCAUGUAAUCCUUUUUGAAUGAAUAGCUGGAGCCGUUGCAGCGUUUUCUGGCUGAGCACCACGGAGCUCUUCUGCCAUGUCGGUGAUUUAUUAGGGUUGUUUUUCUAAGAGGCCACUGUAACCCACCAGACUGUUCUACUCCAAUUAGCUCUAGCUUUCCUUACCUUUUAAAAAGUGCCAAUCGUACCCCACUGCCAACUGUGUUCCCCAAGGCCAACCUCAGCCCAAAACCACCCACCACGGCGGUGCCACCAAGGCCAACCUCAGUGACAAGGACCCUCCUGUUGCCAGUGCCAACUGCGCCCCAAAGGGAUUUUAAGACACUCGGUGUUUGUGCAAGAUCCUCAGCUGGAGCGAUCUCAUUUAUAAAAAGCUGAGUUUAGACAUUUAUAUUUUUCUUCUGCACCAGAGGGUGGUGGGCUGGAGCUCGAGGAGCAUUGGGACAC